UACACACAAACACAGACACACAACAAUGACUACUCGCAAACAGACAAAGUUCUCCACCAAAAUUCAGUUCUACCUAAAGCACAGAGAGUCGCGCAUACUGAAGCUGUGCAACGACACCAUCGGUCCUGUGCCGAACGAUUCACUGAGCAAAGCGAUCUUCAGACUGUUGUCCAAGCCGGUAGACAAUAAAGGCAUUAUACAACUUUUUGUCGACAAGAGCCACCAAUCUGCGCAAUCGACUACCACGAGCAGCAGCGGCAACAACACUGUGAAGACCGUACUGCCAGAGUAUCAGAAGGAGGUGGAACGCUUCCAUGGGCGCAUCAUCUGUAACGACAACACCUGCAUCAUCGACCCGGUUUCCUCUCCCAAGAACGACAGCAAUUCGAAUCCUCGCACACAUUCCUUCCGAAUUGUCUCGUUCAGCAAGGAGAGCGAGGCGGGGCGCGUUGCCGGUGGCAGUGACGCGUUCGCCGCCACCGACGAUGAGACGAUCGGUGCCGGGGCGUCGUCGGCCGAGCAGCAGCAGGAGCAGGCACAGAACCUCAUCACCCGGUCGCCCGCGUCGCCAUCGUCCGGUGGCGGCAUCGGUCCGGUUACUGCCACCAACGUCGUCCCGAUGGCCGGUGGUUCGACCAGUAACCAUAAGGCGAUCCUGAUGUGCUUCAGCUGCAAGCUCAGCUUCGGCACCUGCCGAUCGUUUAUAGCGCAUGCCAAAAUCGAGCACAGUCUCACACUGAACGACUACGAGCGGAUGCUGCUGGAGAAGAACUACAGCAGUGCCAUCAUACAGACGAAUGCUGAGAAGCAAUUCUUUUUCUUGGUUCCUUUCGAAGAGAAAUCUUCAGCCAAUAGUAACAGUAGGAAGCACGUCGAGAGCGAUGAGAGAUACAAGACCAAUAGUAGUAAUAGCGGUAGCAACAGCAGUAACAGCAACAGCAGCAACAGCAGCAGUAAUAGUAUGGGCAACAGCAGCAACAACAAUGGUGCUGCCAACGCGAUCGGUACUGUCGGCAGUAACAGCAUUCUAGGCAAUAGCAACAUCAAUGGCAAUCACAACAUCACCAACAGCACCGGUAGCAAUGGAAGCAGCAUCAACAUCAGCAACACCAUCAGCAACAGUAGCGGCAGUGGCAGCAGCAACACCACGAACAACGGUAUCCUCGGUUUGCUGUCACAGCAACAGUUGCAACUACACCAGCAACAGCAGCACCAACAACAGCAGCAACUACAGCAGCAGCUACAGCAACACCACCUGCAGCAAUCGGUCCCCCAUCCGGCGGACGCCUUCCCGCCCGGUAGUAUCGGGUUCGAUGCGUCCGGCACCUUUCCGAAGCUUACCGCCAACAACGCGCUACUGUACGAGAUGGACAACAAGCUGCAGCAAAGCUGGAAGCUGGCGGCGGAAAAGUAUAGCAACGCGAUGAACGAAAGUGCCGCGAUUGCGGCUGCCGCCGCCGCCGCGGCCGCUGCCGCUGCAGCCGCCGGCGAAGUAGACAAGAAGUCAUCCGGCAACGCAGGCAAUAGCGGUGGCGGUAUGGCUAGUGCAGCUGCCGCCGCCGUCAGUGGGAAACUGUUGACGGAUUUCCUCAACCAGCAGAAGAUGCUUUCGACGGUGGGCGAAAAUCUGUACGGCAAGCAGAGCAAGUUUCUGGAGCUGAUUAGUUCGGCGGCCGACAUGAAGCUGAAUCCGCUGGCGGCGGCUGCGGUGGCGGCGGUAGCCUCCAACAAGGGCGCAGGACCGGGCGGCAUGGCGGACAUGGGACCCGUCGGCGGUGCUGCUGGUGGUGGUGCUGGUACGGGUGGUGAUUACCAUCUGAAGAAGUAUAGCCCGGUGGAUCUGUACAAGCAGCUGAUUGCGAACAACUUCCGGCCGGAAGCAAUGGACGUCGGGGAGGAGUUGAAGAACGAGCAUCAGAUCAGCGUGAAGAAGCUGGAACCGGAACCAUCGACUGCCUUCCGGAACAGCAACUUCAGCCCGAACAUUUCGACCCGCAACUCCUGCAAAACGCUCAAAUGUCCGCAAUGCAACUGGCACUACAAGUACCAGGAAACGCUCGAGAUACAUAUGCGCGAAAAGCAUCCGGACGGGGAGACGGCCUGCAGCUACUGCCUCGCCGGGCAGGCCCACCCACGUUUGGCCCGGGGCGAAUCGUACACGUGCGGGUACAAACCGUACCGGUGUGACAUCUGCAACUACUCCACCACCACCAAGGGCAACCUAUCGAUACACAUGCAGAGCGACAAGCAUCUGAACAACAUGCAGGACCUGAACGGCAUGAUGAACAAAAGCAAUCAGAACUUUCUCAAUCUCGCGACACUGCAGGCGAACGAGAAGGUGGUGAACAGCUCGCGCAAUCAGUAUAUGGCGGCGGCCGCCGUAGCUGCCGCCAAUGCUCCACUGUCGUCGAUGUCGGGCAAGCUCGGUGGCAGUGGUGGUGGUGGUGUUGUUGGUGCCGGCGUUGUUGGUGGUGGUGGUAAUGCUCAGUCGAAGGAUUCCGGCCCGAUUGGGUAUGAGACCGGUGGACGGCCGAAGUCAUUCUUCAAGUGUGACAUCUGCAACUACGACACGAACAUCGCGCGCAACCUGCGCAUACACAUGACGAGCGAAAAGCAUAUCAGCAACCUGAACUCGUUCCAGUCCAGCUUCAAUCAGCUGAAGAGCCUGCAAAGCCUGCAGCAACAGUCCCAGCAACAGUCGCAGGACAGUCUCGACUAUCUGAGCGCGAUCAAUCUGAACACGCUGAAGGAAGACUCGCCGAUGGCGCGGGUGGAUGAGUAUACGGCAGCGGCGGCAGCAGCCGCCGCCGUUGCCGCUGCAACUGCCAGUGCCGGUAAUAAUAGUACCAGCAGUGGUAGCAGCAGCAGCCUCAAACCACUCUCGAUGCCCUCGUCACCGUUCGGUGCACCGCUCGAGACGGCAACGCCCGAUUCGCUGUUCCUCAAUCAACCCUCGCCAUUUAGUGGGGCCAGCGAACCGGGCACCGAGCGGGACUACCAUCACCAUCAGCUCGAUGAGGAUAAGAAUCCGCUUCACUUCGAUCCACCGAUACGGCUAUCGCUCGAUCCGUCCACGUACUACAGCUGUCUCGUUUGUGCGGACUUCGAGACGAACAAUCUGGAGGAGCUGAAGAAGCACGUGCUGAAGGAUCGUACCAGCAGCGCGAUGGAUACGAUUCUGCUGGCCGGCCAGGAGUGUCUGCUCUGCGGGCAGAAGGCACACGACCGGUCCGAGCUGGAGCGACACCUGAAGGCGGAUCACCAUCUGCGCCGGCUCGAGCUGAUGAUCCAUCUGCUGGAAGGGCGCGACAAGAGUGCGUCCAAAUUGCGCCAGUUCGUCGGGCAGGAGCUGUACAAGAAGCUGCAGCUAAUAUUCCCGUUGGCGGAGGAACCGAAAUUUCCGUACGAUGAGAUGCCAAGCGUCAGUGAAAUUUCGCGCUCUCCGCUAAUGCUACUGCUCGAACCUAAAACCGAACUGAUCGAGCGAGACUUUGGUGCCGGUGCGAACGGUAUCGACAGUGAACCAUCAUCGUCCUCCUCGUGCCCGGACAAUGUGCAGCUCAAGUGCAACUGUUGCAACUUCUACACCACCUCGCUGGAGAAGAUCGGCAUACACAGCCUGUCCGAGAAGCACAUCUUUCGGCGCAUCUGCUUCGACUAUCUGCUGCUCAUCUCGAGCGAAAAGUCCACCCUGGCGAGCGUUGGCGUGAAGAGUGAAGGCAAGUGUGAACUGGCCGAGCGAUUGCUGCUCGCCCAUCAACAUCAACCCCCGACAGAUCACAUCUCACGUGUCUUGUUGAUGCAAAUGAUGCUACUUGCAGAUGGUGCGAAACAGCAGCAGCAAUCCUCGCCGAAAGCUAACCAGCUGAUGCUGACCUGCGUGCCCUGCUGCUUCAAGACGGACCACAUCUACUACAUGAUACACCACCUGAAGAAGAGCUGCAAGGUUGAGCAAAACAUCAACCUGCUCGGAUUGCGCAACAUUUUCAAGCUGACAGCUAAAGGUCUAGACGCCCAAGAUGCAAUGGAUACGGGCGACAAUGGGCUGUGCAGCAUACUGCAGGAGAAGAAGAUGUGGAACGGAGAGAACGCCAGCAACCGCCAGGCAGCCGGUGGCUGCAAGGAUCGCUGUCUCGUCUGCAGCGUGUGCAACAAGUUCUCCUCGAAGAAGGUGAACGUCAUGCAGCACCUGCUGGCAAAUCAUAACGCAGGCAACGAGCUGCUCGGUGGUGCCGAGCUAUCACCGAACGUGCCCUCGCUGUCGCGCAAACCGUUCGACUAUUUGCGUACGCUGGCGGAGGCACGCUGCGCGCAAAACUUGCGCCUGAUCGAGAAGGUAACGUUUAUGAGCGAUUCCUUCGCGUUGAAGGAAAACUGUAACGAUCUGAAGCAUGGAAACCUGGCGGAGAUGUUGGAACAGUAUGCGGCCCGUCAGGAUACGACCGAUGCAAACUUCCCUGCCCGUUCGCCUACGUUGGAGAAGCAACAGCAGCAGCAACAACAUUCGCCGACCCUGUCCUGUCCACUGUGUGCGGAAGCGUUCCUCGAUCAGGCAACGGUGGAAACGCACGUGCUGCGCGUCCACAACAUCAAGAUGGACGGGCUGAACCGGUUGCUGAAGCUGGUCGAUACCUCGCAAUUUUUGAAAACGACCACCAACAACGGCAAACAGCAACCGGUCAGCAAUAGUAGCAGCCCGGUGGAGAAGCCAGGAUCGCCCCACUCGCCGACCGGCAAGGACGGUUCGGUGUCGCCGGGCGUACCGAGCAUCCGGUGCUCGUACUGCAAGGCACCGUUCGACACGAUGGUCGACCUGAAGAUACACUGCAACGAGAGCAGCCACUUCCGGCGCAGUGCCGAUUCGGACGAUCUGGCCUGCUUCCUGCACGACUGCAAGGACGCGUUCGACAAUCUGGCCGAUCUGAACCAACACUUUAAGGCGAGCCAUCUGAACUUUCUCAUCUCAGAGCACCACACGUACCGGUACCGGUGCAAGCAGUGCCCGUUCGCGUUCAAAACGCACGAAAAGCUGAGCCGCCAUCUGUUCUACCAUUCGUUGCGUGAGUCGACGAAAUGUUUCUACUGCGAGCAUCACUUCAAGAACAUCCACUCGCUGACGGCCCACAUUGCGGAGAAGCAUCCGCAGGAGGCGCUCCAGUCCGGCAAGCCAUCACCGCCGGGCAUUGCAUCGCCCGACGCUUCCAUACUCUUCUUCAAGGAUCUCAAGCGCAAGAUGCUCAACAAUCAGCAACAGCAGCAGCAACGGAACGGACUGAGUCCACGUUCUGAUCGCUCCGGUGGUGGUCGGGAUGCGCGCGACAGCAUCGACGAGGAUCGGCUGAGCGAAAAGUCGGUCAGCUCGAAGAGUAGCAGCUUCUACUAUGACAAAAGUCUCGACGGUAGUGGCACGUCCGAUGGGCGUUACACCUGCACCGACUGUCAGUUUACGUUUACGGAUUCCGGUGCGCUUGAGCGCCAUCUUGCCACGGCCUGUCACAUGCCACGCGAUGACAAAGCAUCGCCCGAUUCGUUGGCUGCCUCGCUGAUGUCUUCCCUCGCCAAGCAUCAUCAGCAGCAGCAGCAGCAACAGCAGCAACAGCAGCAGCAACAAACGGUGCAACAGCAACAAACGACACAACAUCAGCAACCAUUGACUGGGUCAUCUGUCACACAGAUGAGCUCCCUGUUUUACGACAUCAAGUCGGAGAAGUUCACCAACCCGAACCGCCCGUUCAAGUGUACGAUCUGCAUGGAAAGCUUCACGCAGAAGAACAUCCUGCUGGUGCAUUAUAACAGUGUGUCGCAUCUGAACAAGCUGAAGAAGCUAAAGGCGGAGAAAGGAUUUGCGCAGAUGUUUACCGGCUCGUUGCUCGGAGCGGAUCUCGGUGGUGCAGCGGAUGGAUGUACGGACAGGGGCAAGAAUUCGCCCUCACCGACGGUACCGUUCGGUGAGAAGGCAGUUACACCCUUCUCGAUGCCUUCGUUCGCGGAGGGUUGUGGUGGCAGUAGUGCCGGUGGCAGCGGUGGAGGAGAAAAGCGAAAGGAGGUUGGCGAUGAGAAGGAGUCUGCGCGCAAGAAGUUUAAGUGUGAUAUCUGCAACGUGGCGUACACACAGGGUAGCACACUGGACAUCCAUAUGCGCAGUGUGCUGCAUCAGACACGUGCCUGUCGUAUGCAGGAGCGUAGUCUCUUUUCUGGUCAAUCGAACACGCCACAGCAACAGCAGCAGCAGGCUCAGCAACCAUCACCGCAGGGUGGUGAAGCCAAGAAGAAGAGCGAGUUCCCACUGAUCCAUCCGAUCCCCGAGAGUCACGAUCAAUCGCCGAACAUGCUGGAUGAGGUGUCGAUGCGCAAGCUAAAGUCACCAUCCGAGCAAGCACAACACCAGCAGCAGCAGCAGCAGCAGCAGCAACAGCUUCAACAACAGCAACAGCUUCAGCAGCAACAGGCACUUGGGCCACUGUUUUGCGGUGUGCCCGUUGGUGGACCCGAGAAGCCGGACAUAGCCGUGUGUGAAUGUUGCUACCAGGUAUUCCCGGGUAAGCUGAUGCUCGAGACGCACCUCGAGCUAAGCCCGGAGUGUCUGGCACAUCGCAAGAAGCUGCUCGAUACUGCCACCGGUCUGCCAGAGGCUGGUGGUCCGCUAGGUUUCCCCACCGAUGGUGGCUUCCAGCAGCAGCACCAUCAGGCACUGAGCGAGCUGGCGAAGGUGAAUGCACUCACCGGUGGAUUCGAUCUUGGUGCACCGGGUGAUGCAGCGGCAUUACUGGGCGCCAAAACUCUCGUCCCAGCAAUGGAUCCGGCUGCUACGGCUGCGGCAGCAGCUGCCGCCGCCAACCUGAUGGAUCCUAGCUUCCUGAAGAACGCAUCACUGCUCCAGUUCGCUGCCAGCGAUCCGACUAGCAAGCUCAACCCGAACGCACUGAACGUGCUGAACUUCAUGCACUUCCAUCACUUGAUGUCGCUCAGCUAUCUGAACCUAGCGCCCCAGUUAAGCUUCGGUGGUGUGCCGCCCAAAGUCGGUGGAGAUCCCAACAAACCGGACAACUCUCCCGGUGGUGGAGGACUUGGUGAUCCUACCAGCAAGGCUGGCAAAACAGGAACCGGUGCAUCCGUCGUAUUGCCACCGGUCAGCCUGAACGGGAAGCCGCUCGACUUGAACCUACUACCACACGGGCUCGAUCCGAAACUGGCCGCCCAAUCACCGCAACAGCAGGCCCUCGGUCAGCAGCAACAGCAGCAACAGCAACAACAACCCUGCACCCAGAAGCGUGCCCGUACACGCAUCACCGACGAGCAGCUGCGCAUCCUUCGGUCGCACUUCGACAUCAACAACUCGCCGAGCGAGGAAAGCAUCCAGGAGAUGUCGCUGAAGGCGAACCUGCCGCAGAAGGUCGUGAAGCACUGGUUCCGCAACACGCUGUUCAAGGAACGGCAGCGCAACAAGGACAGCCCGUACAACUUCAGCAUCCCACCGUCGACGAAGCUGAACGUGGAGGAGUACGAGCGUACCGGUGAGGCGAAGGUGACCGAUCUGGAGACGUCGUUCAAGUCGGCCGAAGUGGGUGGCUCACUGUCGCAGGAUAACUCCUGCUCGCAGAGUUCCACCGACAUGAGCAAAGCGCUGAACGAAGCGAUGAAGCAGAACCUGUCGAAAUCGUUGCUGGAAUCGCUCAGCAAGCAUCAGUCCGCUACCGGGCAGGAUUUGGUUGGUGCAGCUGCUGCCUUCCAUCUGAACAAGAGCCUCUUCCCAGACAGCUUUGGCGGUGGUGGUGCAGUUGGUGGUGGUGGUGGUGUAGUUGGUGGGCCUGAUUUUUCCGGUCCGGAUGGUGUGGGUUCCGUGUCGGAUUACUUCCAACGGGCCGCUGCUGAUGCGGUAGCACUCGGAGCAGCUGUCGGUGGCGGUCCCGGCUCGGUCGGUGGCCCACUCUCGUUGGCUAUGGGUGGAACGGGUGGGGCAGGAGUCAUCGGAGGUGGUAACGGUGGGUCAUUGAUGAGUGGCAAUGGUGGUGGGGGCGGUAACGGUGGUGGAGGUGGUGGCAGUGUCGGUGGCAAGAAGAAGAAGAUCAAGUCGGAGUCGUCGAACGACAGUCCGACGCCGGCCGACCUGCAGCUCGACUCAUCCAACUCCAGCCCGAUGCCGAUGCGCCCGCCGAGCGCCAUCUCGCUCAAGAAGCAUAUGGCCACACCGCCAACGCUGGUGGUAGGCGAGGAGAUGAAGAUCCCGAGCCCGAUCGAGAGCCCCGUCAUCUCGCCGCCCGGUUCGAUGGGUUUGCAUGCACUGCCGCCGCAAACGCAGCCCAUCACCUGCUCGAACGGCAAACGGGCCAACCGUACACGGUUCACCGACUAUCAGAUCAAGGUGCUGCAGGAAUUCUUCGAAAACAACUCAUACCCGAAGGACAGUGAUCUGGAGUAUCUGAGCAAGUUACUGAUGCUCUCGCCCCGUGUUAUCGUCGUGUGGUUCCAGAACGCCCGCCAGAAGCAGCGCAAAAUUUACGAAAACCAACCGAACCCAACGUUCGAGUCGGACGAAAAGAAGGCCAUCAACAUCAACUACACCUGCAAGAAGUGUAAUCUAGUGUUCCAGCGCUACUACGAGCUGAUACGCCACCAGAAGAACCACUGCUUCAAGGAGGAGAGCAACAAGCGUUCCGCCAAAGCGCAGCUGGCCGCGGCCCAGAUCGCUCACUCGUUCACCAGCGGUAGCGAGGAUUCGGACUCGAGCCUCGACGUUAGCCGGCGCGAAUUUCAGCCGCGCGAGAACGACUGCCCUUUCUAGGAGCCGUGGGGCGGCUGGAGGGCACCAGCUAGUAUGCAACAC